AUGGGCUCCAUAUCGCCAUUACCCAACCCAGAAGCCCACCUCCACAGGCCCUGGCACGCGGAAACCAUCCUUCAAAUCCGCACCGGCCCCAUCAAGACCCCCUUCAAAACCACGCCCGAAACCUCCGCCAUCUACAAAUCCCCACACACCGCCCCCAUCUUCCUCUCCAAAGCCGGCCUCACAGCCGACGAACACGCCUACGCCGACCACAACCACCCGGAUCGGGCGCUGCAUCAGUAUUCCGCGCUGCACUACGCGAGCUGGAAAGCCGAGUUACCGCAUGUGCGCCGUCUGUUCGAGAAUGGGGCGUUUGGCGAGAAUAUCAUCACGGAUGGGCGCAUGAAUGAGUGGAAUGUUUGUGUGGGUGAUGUGGUGAGUAUUGGGGAGACUGUGAGGGUGCAGGUCAGCAUGCCGAGGAUGCCGUGUUAUAAGUUGAAUUUGAGGUUUCAGGUGGGUGAUAUGGCGGCGAGGACGCAGAAGACGAAGAGGACGGGCUGGAUGUAUCGGGUGUUGAAGGAGGGGUGGAUUGGAGUUGGGGAUCAGGUUAGGUUGGUGGAGAGGAGGUUGCCGGGGUGGAGCCUGGGGAGGGUGCAGACGUAUUUGCAUGAUGUUAGGGGGGAUAGAUUGGCGAUGGAGGAGCUUGUGGGGAUUGAGGAGUUGGGGGAGGAGAUUAGGGGGGUUUUUAGGGAGAGCUUGAGACAGGGGGUUGAGAGUGAGGAGGGGAGGUUGGGUGGGGGUGUGAAGGGGGAGUGGAGUGAGUGUGUGGUUUUGGAGAAGGUUAGGGAGAGUAGAGAUGUUUUCCGCAUGGUGUUUGAGAGGGUUGAGAAGGAGGAUGAGCCGAAGGAAGUGCAAUCUGGAAGUCAUGUGCGAUUGCGUCUCGCGAACGGCAUGACCAGAGCAUACAGUGUCAUCAGCGGAACUUCAAACCAUUUCGAACUCGGCGUUGCACUCAACCACGAAAGUCGCGGUGGUUCGAAAUACAUCCACGACACGCUCAAAUCCGGCGACGUACUCUCCACAUCUGAAAUCAUCGCCUCCUUCCCCUUAAUCCCAGAUGCCGAAAAUCACAUCAUGAUCGCGGGCGGCAUAAGAAUAACAGCGUUCCUCUCCGCUGCCAAACAACUACAAGAAAAUGGCGGGAAGUAUCAUCUCCAUUAUCUCGUCCGCAGUACCGAAGACAUAGCAUUCAACGACCGCCUCAAAGCAUUAGGCGAGAACAUUACCAUCUGGGAUAAAUCCACCGGAAAACCAUUCGACGCACCAUCCAUCUUCCGCACCAUCACGCCCAAAACACACAUCUACACCUGCGGCUCCACGCGCCUCACAACAGCCAUAAAAGCCCUCGCAACCACCCACUCCUUCCCGCUCUCCAACCUCCAUUUCGAAUCUUUCAGCGCGCCGGAAAGCAGUGCCGAGGCUUUCGAAGUGGAGAUUGCGAGUUCGAAACAGGUGUUAAAGGUGGAAGGGGGCGAGAGUCUGCUGGAUGUGCUGCGGAAUGCUGGGUUUGAUGUUGCGAGCGGGUGUGAGGUGGGGAGUUGCGGGACGUGUAAGGUUGGUGUUAGGGCGGGGAAGGUGUGUGAGGUUGGGAGGGGGACGGGGUUGCCUUUUGGGGAGAGGGAGGGGGGGAUGUUGAGUUGUGUUGAGAGGGGGUGGGGAGGGUGGUUUUGGGGUUGUGAUGGUGGGGAAAUUGGGAUGUCACGUAUGGAGUGUAGGGCGUUUAGGUUAGGUCAGGUUCUGGCGUUUACUUGGAUGUGUUCAUGA